GUCUGGAAGAAACACCGGCGUCCACUACGCCAACUACUUAAGGAACCGCCGCCUCUCUUGUGAUUCCGUGUAUAGUGCGUAAAUGCUAUUGGUGAAUGCAAUUCUUUCGCGCCACCUGACGUCAUAUAGGCGUGCAUUUUUUUUUCUUCGUACCGAGUGGAAAGGAGAUGCACACGGCACUCGAGUGAGGGGACCAGAAGUUGGGGACAAUGCGAGUCCACGUGCACACCAGAUUUUGUUUCCUGUGUGUGCUCACAUUCCUCUAUCAGCAGUCCAGCCACUGUCACGGAAACGGGCACCAUGGGCAGCACCGCGGCCAUCACCACGCCAACCACACGCACAAUGACUUACAGAUAUCUGAGGCUCCAUAUGUGAGAAGACCUACUCUCACUGCAAACUUUACCCAUCCUCAGGGGGGUUCUUUAAAAGAGGAGCAGCACUUCUACAUCCAGCAAUUGUUCAGGCGUUAUGGCAAGAAGGACCGACUCGAUUUUCAAGGAUUUCAGAGUCUCCUGCUUAGCCUAGGUCUUGGCAGAGUGAAAGUGCUAGACAUCGAUCACGACAAUCUCGGACAUGACCACGUCGCUCAUCUAGACAUUCUUGACGUGCAGGAGGGCCUCCAUACGCACGGCGAAACUCACGGCAGCGUGCGUCACAGCCCCACCUCCCGCCAUCCGCACAAGGAACAAGGUCCCACGCAGUGCACUCAGCACACCAAGGGAGUCAGCACAGCUCCCGGGGCAUCGAGAGAACAGCCCCAUAAACACAAUCAAGAUCACACCCACAGUCAUACACACGAUGUAGACCAUAGACCCGAUCAUGCUGAGGAGGAUGACGGCGAACACGCACAAAUGAGCACAGACGUGCCUCCCACUAACCAGGAGCACCCAUCUUCUGCCCAAAUGGACACGCCUCGUACCCCCCAAGACGUGCCGUCUUCUCCUGCCCCCACGGACGUAAAGCCCAAGAGGCAAAGAAAACCAGGCAAGGUCCGAGGACAACGAGGGCAAAACAAAACUUUACCACCUCCCACAGCCCUGUCUGAUAAUCACGACCACAAAAAUGGAGGUGAUCACGGUCACGACUAUUUACAUAAAAUCAAACGAGAAGCACCAGGGGAGGCCAACGCUGCAACAGUUCCAGGCCCUGUUGUGUCUGGACAUGCAGGUGGCUUGUCUCAUCAGCAUGAGGAGUGUUUGAACCUGACCCAGCUCCUCAACUACUACGGGCUGAGUUCCAACACCCUCAUCUCUCCGAGCCAGUUCACCUAUUUGUGCCCCGCCCUGCUGUACCAGAUUGACAGCCGCGUGUGUAUCCGCCAUUACAAGAUGGACGUGGAGCAGGAAGCCUUGGAGAAUGGCAAUUCUGUGUGGACCUGGGUGUGGGGCUUCGUGUCCAUCACCAUCAUCAGUCUACUGUCUCUGCUGGGCGUUAUUUUGGUGCCCAUCCUCAACCAGUCCUGCUUCAAGUUCCUGCUCACCUUCCUGGUAGCCCUGGCUGUGGGUACACUUAGUGGUGACGCGCUCCUUCAUUUGCUGCCUCAUUCUCAAGGGCAACACGACCACAGCGACGUGAGCCACGGCACGGAUCUUGUGACAGACUUUGAUGGAGUGUGGAAGGGCUUGACUGCAUUGGCCGGCAUUUACCUCCUCUUCAUUUUUGAGCAUUGUAUCGGCAUGUAUAAGCACUACAAGGAUCACAGGUCGACGAAGAAUAAAAGUCAGGAGGGCAAGAUUGGCAGGAAGUUGUCAGAUCACAAAUUAAAUCGCCGCUCUGAUGCAGAAUGGGUGCACCUGAAGGCGCUCGGUGAUGACCCUGACACCAGUACCGUCUCCUGUGAGAAUGACCAAAACGAGACGCAAUUCACAGAGCUCCAGACGCCUGACUCCCCCACCGUCAAAACACUGCUGAAACCUGCCGACGCCCACCGGUCACCCACCAAGGUGAACGGCCACAAGGUCAAGCAGCACGGCCACGGCCACUCCCAUGGUGGGAACUGCCACUCGGAUCAGGAGAUGAAGGACGCCGGGAUAGCCAGCAUCGCCUGGAUGGUCAUCAUGGGCGAUGGGAUGCACAACUUCAGUGAUGGGCUGGCCAUUGGCGCAGCAUUCAGCGCAAACCUCACAGGAGGCAUCAGUACUUCUGUGGCUGUUUUCUGCCAUGAACUACCUCAUGAACUCGGUGACUUUGCCGUGCUGCUGAAAGCGGGCAUGUCGGUGAAACAGGCCAUCGUCUACAAUCUGCUCUCCGCCCUCAUGGCCUACGUGGGCAUGCUAAUCGGCACAGCUGUGGGCCAGUACACGCACAAUGUCACCAGCUGGAUCUUCGCCAUCACAGCCGGCAUGUUCCUCUACGUGGCUCUGGUGGAUAUGCUGCCAGAGUUGCUCCACGGCGACAGCGAGGUGCACAAGCGCUGCCAAUUGGGACACUUCAUCCUGCAGAACCUGGGAUUGCUGACCGGAUUUGGCAUCAUGCUGCUGAUCGCCAUCUUUGAGGACCGCAUCGUCUUCGACUUUGGCUUUUAAAGUGACUCCGGCGGGGAGGUGAAGCCUCGAGCUUUUUUCAGUAUUUUUCUUCUGGGAGUCACAUUCAUGAGCCUGAAUGUCAUUUGUCAUGUUUACAACCCCCUCUCGUCCUUCCCAUUUUACUGUGGUGUUCAAAGGCCCUUUUGGGGGGGCUUCAACAUGCAGGAAAAAUGAACAAUUUAUGUAUUCUGGUGAAAAUGGAUGAGUUUUAGGGGUCCUCAACAAGAUCCCUUCCAAUUUAACUCGCAAUCGCCCCCUAGAAACUUUAAAAAAAAAAAAAAAAAAUCUGGCCUUUUUCUACAAUAUGUGGUCAGAUAGAGGUAGUCUGAUAUUUUGAUUGGAAGCAGGCAUUUUGGGGGGCAAAUUCUACGUAAUGAAUUUUGCCUAAAUAAGACCCCAAACCUCAACUUGCAAGUAUCUAGCGAAUAGAUUGUAAUAAUUGAGUAGUUAUUCAAAAAAUGAGAUCUUUUCUCCCCUGGCUGCUCCCAGUGCGGCACCCUUCCACUGCCACACCAUCUUUAACAGACGCGUUUAGAAAAUGGAUGCCGCUCGUGUUAGCACUCAAUCUCGUCCGUUAUUCUUUUUCUCGUUUAUAUACGUUGAUUUUUAGUUUACUUACACCGAGCGGUGCGUUUGCGUUGAUAGUGUGACGUUGGUAUCUCAUUUGACGCUUCAAUUUGCAAAAGUCAAGGUUCAAUGGUUUUCCCAAUCAUUGCUAUCCUGUGAAAAGUGCCACCUCGGAGUCUCUGUGUCUUCCUGCUGUUAAGUGUGUAGCGAAACAACUAGUGAUGUAGUUUAGAACAUAUUCAUGAUGUGUGGGGCUUUUUCCCCAAACUCCAAAACUUAAGUACUGUAUCCUGGUAGCUAGCGUAACCUAAAAAAAAUAUUUAAUACUUUAAAAAUUCCGCCCUAAACUGGGUGGCAUGCAUGAACAUGAAAUUUCUUACGCAUGUCUGUAACAAGUAGACCUCCAAAAACCUCUCUAGGAGGCAUGCUCCAAAACAUACAGGUAAUCGGCCAUUUUGGUUUGAACCAACCAUAUUUGUCAUUUUACUCAUUUCCAGAGGUGAUUUACAGAAACGUUAGUACCUGAAGCUGUUUAAAGGAUGAAACUGGGCAGGCAGGUCUAUUCCAAGUGCUGCAUACCCCUGGAAACACAUCUUAAAAGUCUUCCAUUUUAGUUUGAAGGCUCAGUUUUAGGGGCAAUUUCAGAAAUUCUUCUAUAGCAUUUUUUUUUUUUUUUUUUUUGGUUUAAGCCCCCGAAGCCAGUUUCACCUCGCAACAGGAAACUUAUGGUGGCAUGUUUAACAUGAGUAGAGCCAAUAAAAACAUCAAGAAAUGACAAAAAAAAAAAAAACCUUGCCAUUUCCAUUGAAAGUGGCCAUUUUGGGGUAAUUAUGUCCAGAGAUCCUUCAAAAGCGAACUUGUCCUAAAAAAGUUGGUUUAAUUUCUCAUUGAUUUAAUUCUUGAUUAAAUAAAGUCUCAAGCAGCCAUUUUUUGGCAGUUCUUCAGAAAUGACAGAUUUGAGCUGUUUUUGUCCGGUUGACAAAGAUUUUGAAGCAUGUUUAUUAGAAUCCAAAUUUAAAAAAUGCAUCAUACUGUACAUAGUCUUUAUUGAGUAGAAGUGAUAAAUUAAGUCAUAUUGCAAGUAACUGCUACCAAGUACUUUGGACCGAGACAAAACUGGACUGCCCAAAAUAAAAUCCUCUGGUUGGUCUUCAGCACAACCUCGUUGCAUUUUCUUUCUAUAACUCCAAAUUGAGCGAUACCGAUCUGUUAAGUGAUUCUUCGAUGGGGGUCCAAAGUGUCCAAUCUUGACGAGCCAGUGACCUGUCACCCCCACAAGAAAAAAAAAAAAAAAAAAUACUCCUUACCUUCCAUCGACAUUCCAUUGGUGGUUCUGCUGCUAACGAGCAACGCUACAUUGCUUAGUUUGAGCUGCUGGAACAUAAAUGUAGAUGUUUGUGCGCGUGUGUUUGACAAUUUUACCUGUCACCAUGUGACAUGUUUUUUUUUUUUUUUUUGCUUUGGGGUCACUCCUAUUGAUCUUCACGAUUGUGGCAUGACCAGCAACUGAUGCUUACUUUUGGGGGGGUGACGACUAAAAAAAAUAUUUGUACGGGCAAGUUCCAUUAUGCACACACACCAGUCUUGAUUAGCUUUUAGCUUUGUGGCUAAAAGCAAAGAGAAAAGAUAAGAUAUGGAAAGACAAUUUUUUCCUUGUUUUUUUUUCAUUUAACCCAUUCUGUUUUUGUGUCAAAAUUACUCAACUUUAUAGCUGAAGAAAAAUAAAAAGCAGAUCAGUUUGAAAUGGUUAUUGGAGUGAUGAGAUAUGAAUGAUGUGUAUUGAGACUGUUUUGUUUUUUGACACUUUUGGAUCAUUCCACAUGACGUGCGUCAAAUCGACCUGGAAGCACGAGGAGGAUUAGAGGAAGUCUUUACAUUGUUUUUCCUUUUCCAUCCUUUCAAAUGCAGUUGUUCACGGUGUCUUUAUCAUGUUUACUGUAUUCAUUUGGCUCAGCUAUUGUACUUUAAAUCAAAGUGACGGUUUAUAAAUGAUUUCCACCGGAACGCCGUGCAUACGUGACACUCUGAAGACUGCUUUGUUCAAAAUCGUGUUUAAAAAAAAAAAAAAAAAUGGUCAACAAUCUUGUUUGACAUGUAUGUUUAUCGUCUUUGCUGUUAUGCUGUCCCUAAAAAAAUGGACAAUAAAAAUAUUUCUCAAUA